AUGACUAUAGUUGACAAACCAACAGAGUCUUCUGACCCUGAGUCUGGUCAGUCCAAGCCCCCUGGCUGCCUGACCCCCUCCUCCUCUGGAGACAUGGACUCAAGCUCAGCGAGUUGGGGCACUGUAUCAUCUGCCUUGGACGCCCCUAAAAGUAAAGCCUCUUCUGUAGGACCGACCCCGGGAGCUGCUGUUUAUUCCAGAAGUACAGCACCUGUGCAAGAGAAACCAAAACCCACCAUACACAAGGAUCAAAACUUGGCAGGGGGUGGAGAUGGGAUCGCUCCUCCACAGAAAGUUCUAUUUCCAGUGGAGAAACUCUGUCUAAAGUGGCAUCAGAUGCAUCGGAUUGGAGCUGGACUCCAAAAUCUGGGCAACACUUGCUUCCUGAACUCGGCUCUGCAGUGUCUCACCUACACAGCCCCCCUUGCCAGCUACAUGCUGUCCCGUGAGCAUUCCAAAACAUGCCACGAGGCUGGAUUCUGUAUGAUGUGCACAAUGCAGAAUCAUAUCACCCAGGCCUUUGCCAACUCUGGAAAUGUCAUAAAGCCCAUGUCUGUCAUAAAUGACCUGAAGCGUAUUGCCAAGCAUUUCCGAUUUGGUAGCCAAGAGGAUGCACAUGAAUUUCUCCGCUACACUAUUGAUGCUAUGCAGAAAUCGUGCCUGUCAGGGAACAAGUUGGACAGACAAACCCAGGCCACCACAUUAAUACAUCAGAUCUUUGGAGGAUAUUUGCGGUCCAGAGUAAAAUGUCUGAAUUGCAAAGCGGUUUCUGACACUUUUGAUCCAUACCUGGAUGUUGCUUUGGAAAUUAAGACUGUGCAAAGCAUCACCAAAGCUCUUGAGCAGUUUGUAAAGCCUGAACAGUUGGAUGGAGAAAAUGCUUACAAGUGUACCAAGUGCAAGAAAAUGGUUCCAGCUUCAAAAAGGUUUACAAUACACAGAGGUUCCAAUGUGCUUACCAUAUCCUUGAAGUGCUUUGCCAACUACAAUGGGGGCAAGAUCACAAAGGACGUGAGGUAUCCAGAAUUUCUGGAUAUUCGUCCAUUCAUGUCGCAGUCCACUGGGGAGCCAGUUAUAUAUGUCCUGUAUGCAGUUCUAGUGCAUUCUGGGUUUAGCUGCCAUGCUGGACACUACUAUUGUUACAUAAAGGCCAGUAAUGGACAGUGGUACCAGAUGAAUGAUUCUAUAGUAUCCACCAGUGACAUCCGGUCAGUACUCAAUCAGCAGGCUUAUGUGCUGUUUUACAUCAGGUCUCCGGAUACGAAAAACGGAGGAGAUUAUAAUCAUUCCACACGCCCCCCAGGACAGUCCUCCCCUCGCCCCAUAGUGAGUCAGCGCCUGGGUGGCACCAAGCAGCAGACAACAGGCUUCAUUGGACCGCAGCUCCCCCCUCACAUGGCUAAGAGUUCCAACCAUAUCAAUGGAAACGGCUCCAUGAAGGAGAUCCCCUGCAGUUCCAAGGCAAGUGCCAGCAACAUUGGUUUGAAGAGGAUGGGGUCAAGCCAACCUUCUACUUCUUUCCAGAACCGCUCACUCAACAGGCCCACCGUUAUUCCAGAACCCACUAAAAGGCCAAAGCUGACCUUCCAAAUUGGACAGAGCAAGUCGGCACGUCCUUCCCAUUCCCAGCCCAACUUCCACAGCAGCCCCCUGGACAAGCUGUACAAACCCAGCACUUCCACAUCCACCGUCACCCACUCCUCCUCCUCCUCCUCUACUGCACAGUCUACCUCAGGAGCACCCAGCUCUACGGCUCCUGCCACAGUAUCGCAAGCCGAUACGCCCCCUGAGCCCCCUUGUUCCAGGGUGAAUGGCGCCCCCAAGCGUAGCGCCAACUUCCUCGUUCCAUAUGCAGAGGAAUCCUCGGAAGAAUCAGACGAGGAGCCCGGUCCGGUUAAGGAGAAUGGGUAUGCAAAGCCCCUCAAUGGAACCGUUAACGGAAUUAGAUUGGGCACGUUCCCGACCUCAAGUGCUAUUCCUCCACCUCCAGACCUCGGAAAGAAUCCUUCGGGUGUACCUCAUUGCAAGGCAGAGUUGAACGGCCUGACCACUAUGGCAGUGGAGUCUGAAGGUACCAGGCUCACGGCUGAAACAGUGAGCUGCCCUUUGAAGCAUACUAAACCCAUUGAGAAUGGCUUGCCGAAAACCAACGGUUUUAAACACAGUGAUAAGCUAACUUCUGAUAUGCCUGAUACUCUGGAAAGCAUUGGUGCCAGUAUUACAAAUACACCAGGACCUGCUAAAAAGCCAAAGCUGACUUCCCAUUUCGAACAGAGGGGGACAACUUUUCCAGCAGCUGCUACUGUUGUCAAUCCCUGUGUGGACAGGGUUCAAAAUCUGGAAAACUGUUCACCCGCCUCUCCUGUUAAAGAUGCAGUCAGGUCUCCAGCCCCUGAACUGUGUGAUAAAACUCAAGAAGAAAGGGCUGGCAAUACUACCAUGAACAGCAAAACCUCUGCCCUUGACCCUGGAAUCCAUGCUAAUUGUAAUACUGAUAACAAACCAAACCCUAAUAGGGAAACUCAGAUGUUCCAGAUAAAGAGUGAAAAUAAGCAACCUCCAGAGGAGGAGGAGACAACUCUCAAACAAUCCGUUGCAAGGAUAGAGGACCCUGUCCAGCUUCAAACGAGUCAUUCAGAUAACUCCACUGGCUUGAAAAAUCCUGUUAGCUGUGAAAAUGUUAGCAAACAUGUCAUAUUAAACCCUACUAAUUGUAAUAUAUCUUUUCGGGACAAAGCAAAGGAUCAGAUCAAGACAUAUCUUGAGACUAUAAAGGAAGAAAGUCAAGAAGCCACAUUAGAACACAGACAGUCCCCAGGGAAAGACAGGUGUGCUGAAAACAGGAAGCUGAUAUCUCGGACAGGUGAACAGCCGAGCAGCUCAGCAGAAAGGGAGGAGAAAAGCAGAAUCACAGAAUUGCAUUUGUGUAGCACUGAGAAGGACAAACACAGACUAUCAGACGGGGAAAAACGUUAUAGAAACAAAUCUUCACCUUAUAACGAGAGAUACAGUGAAGAUAAAAGUAAGCUUUCUGAGAAGUACAGGUAUCGAUCGAGAAGUAGGGAAACAACCAACCACGAAAAGAGCAGGCUGCACGAUAAAGACUAUCAUCCCUGUAAACAUCAAUCCCAUAGCAGAGAUAGGUCCCGUAGUAGGGAUAGGUAUUAUAGAGACAGAGAAAAGGACCGGAGGUGGGAAAGACAUACUUACCACUGCAGAGACUCUUACUACAGGUCCAAAGAGGACCUGGACAGGAGGUUCCCUCAAAGCAGUAGGGACUAUGAGAAGUCAUCCAGUCACUAUAACAGGGACUGGCUUUACAAAGAAGAGCCUUUCUCCAAACCCCAAUGGAUGGACGGGACUACAAGCAAAGAAAACGGUUGUAAGGACUUUGGCAAACAAACACAUGAUUACAGCAAGGGCAGAUUAGAUUCUGAUCAUUUACAACCUUCCUCAUCCUCGCACGUCAAGGACAAGCGCGAGCAUCCAAAACACGAGAGCAGACGGCACUACAACGACCAUGACACUGAAGAUAGCGAUUCAGAGAGAAAACGGAGGAGGCACCCGCGGGACGAGUCUUCAGAGGAGAGAAGAGCCAGGAAACACAAAAAGUCAAAAAAGAAAAAGAAGUCCAAACAUAAAUACAGAGACAGGGACCACAGAAGUCACCAGGAUUCCUCUGAAGCAAACUCUGACAGUGAUUCAUGGAAACACAAGAAAAAGAAAAAACACAGGAGUGACGGUUCAGAUCAGGAGAAACCCCAGCGCUCCCAGUACAGGAAGCAGAACUCCAAGUCUGGGGAUGAGUCGGACAGCAGCAACAAGGCAUCCAAGAGCAAUGACUUCAGAGGGAUAGUCGGCAGGACAUACAGUCAGAAACAGUAUUCCGAGGAGAAGGAAGAACUGUCCCAUAAAGAAAAGAAUUCCCAGACUGAGAGUGGCCAUUACACAAGCAGUGAACAGCACAGAGGUUACAGGUCAUCUCAAUCAGAUGCUGAAAUGUACAGGUAUCCUUUAAAUAAAGUUCACAUGGAAGCAAAGGCAAAAUCUGAAAAUGGAGCUGACUGUCAAUCUUCUCUCAGACUGGUGAUUGAAACAGGUAAUCACUCUGGAUGCAAGGAGAACAGAAGGCAGUCUGAAAUUGAUUCAUCUUACAGGGAUACAGCCAGGUGCAAAGGGAGUGACAAACCAUUUGCAACAGAGGAAACUGCUCACUAAUGACAGUGUCACAGAAGCUAUCCCUAGACAGCAUAAAUAUUUAAGACUAAAUAAUGGAUCCUGACAGUGGUGCUUUUAAUCCUUGUAAAAAUACUGCAUUCACUUUUACCACAGAAGAAAAAUACUUUUUUUUUUUUUUUUAAAUUUUUAGGACUUUUUUUUAAUUUACACUUGAUGAAAAAUUAAUUUAACAUACUUGGAACACUGUAAAAUGUAAAUAGGAUUAAUGUAUUAUGUAUAAAAGAAAGAUGUCCUGGAAUUUAACAUCUCAAUUGCUGCUCAACUACAGACUCAGGAUUAAUUUCUACUUGUGUUUAAAUGUGUAAGAAAAAGAGAAUGAAAAGAAACCACGAUCUUCAUUGCGGAAUUGUUAAAACAUUGCUUUGUUUCAUUACACAAGGCGUCCAAACAACUUGUGACAGUAAUCCCCUUUUUUUUUAUAGGUCAGUCAAGAUAUUAUCUUAUGUUUCUGUCCAUCUUAAAAUACAGACUAAUCUAGUUGGGUGCUUUGCUUUACCAAAAUAAUAAACCUUAUUGACCUUAGUAAUUCAAGAACAUCUAUCUUGUUUCAUGUUUUCUAAAAAAAAAAUUAAAAUAAUAAUAAUAAUUACCAAUAAUGUUAUACAAAUGACUUUAAAAUAAUCAUGUAUUACAUUUUUUUUCACACUUUUUUUUUUUUUUUUAAAUGGAAUGGAUGUACAUUGUAAAUAAUACUCUGUGGGAAUCUCCAUGUUUAUAGUUGCAAAUGAAAAUACUGUGAAUUUAUUUUCAAUAUACUACCGUACUGUAUUGAUGUAUUUUACUGUAAAAACGGUCCUGUAUCAGGAAAACAAAUUAUUUUUUAGUUUUUUCUUUUUAAUUCAACUAUGGUUUACAACUGUACUACAGUAUGCUUAUUUCAUGGGUUUGAUUUGCCUGUUUCUAGUUGUAAAGAAAACUAUCUUCUACCCCUUACUGUACUAUAGCAUGUAACAGUUAUAUAAAUGUAUGGAAAAAAUUAUAUAUAUAACUUAAAUGCACAGUAGUGUUAUUGUUUCAAAUCACAUGUUCCUUUCAGCAGUGCCAAGGCCUUGGACAGUUUUAUCCAGCCCUCUAAAGCAGAGCGUACCGUUUGGAUUGAUUUGGUUUUUGUUUGGGUACAGGACAACAAUUAUUGUUUUCAGAGAAUGUCGUCCGUCCUCAUGAAAGAGCUUAUAUACUACAAGAUUAAUUGUACCAGCAAUUCAUGUUCCUCUCUAACAAAAAAUAAGUAAAAUCAAAAUGAUCAGUUAUAGUAUUUUUUUAAGGGUUUGCAAAAAGGCACUUCUGGAAGAGAAUUGGGUUUGACACCUCUGCUCUUAAUCUAGGAAACAAAGUUGAAUGGUCCUUAAAAAGGUUUGCCACUGUACAGAGAAGUCAACCGCAAUUUUUCACACUUGUUUUAGACCACUGUUGGCUCUGUAGAUGGCUGCUUUAAAGUAUUCAAAGCAGAAUAAAUGAUUGAAGAAACUUGUCAAAAACUUUGAAUAGAAAAAUAAAAUAAAUGAGCAUUUGUUAUUUUUCAAGCAA